AUGGCAACGAAGAAGGCGUGCAUGGAUGUGCCCAAACGGAGCCGGAGUCCGGUGGUCCUGGAGGCGGAGAUGUUUAGUGAAUUUCAAGACUGGUGUCUCAGGACAUAUGGAGACUCGGGGAAAACAAAGACGGUCACCCGGAGAAAAUACAACAAAAUCAUGCAGACAUUGUUACAGAACGACGAGUCGGACGGCGUGUAUGUCGACAACAGCCACAUCAACGCCAAAUUUAAAUUCUGGGUGAAGUCUAAAGGAUUCCAGGUCGGGAACAACGUCCUGGGAGAGCACAACAAGAAGGGGACGUCAGGGAAGCCGGUUCUAUACGUCCCGGUCAAGUCAACGUGUUCGGACGGGGGCUCGGCUCAGGAGAACUCGUCCCUGAAGCGUGUGGCGGUGGUGGAGGACUUCUUCGACAUCAUCUACGCCAUGCAUGUGGAGAUGGGGGCCGACCCUGGCCGGGCGCCCAAGCACGCCGGCCAGAAGAAGACCUACAAAGCGAUAGCGGAGACCUACGCCUUCCUGCCCAGAGAGGCGGUGACGCGCUUUCUAAUGAGCUGUGGAGAGUGCCAGAAGAGGAUGCACAUCAACCCCAGCACAGCAGAGUUCAAAGAAAAUGAUCGACCAACAUCACUAGUCCCGGACCUCAUCGAUUACAACAUGCCCCUUACUGCCACCUACCUGAAACAAAUGAAAUUACAGUGCAUGUCUAACAACGAAAGGGAUGACACCUCUGUGAGCAGCGAGGACAUGGACACAGCAGAGCCGGUGUGGGUCCCAGCGGAGCAGCCCCCAGUGCCUGCUCUCACCUCCCCCAGUGGAGAGAGGGUCCCCAGCCCGUCAGCCAACAUAAAGGAGGAGGAGGAGGAUGACUCGUCAGAGAGCGGCAGCGCCAACGGGCUGCCGGCCCUGGCGUCCCCCGAGGUCCCGGCCGCGGCUGGGAACCCCCCAGAGGGCGGGGUCCCUUACGGGGAGGUGACGGAGAACGGGGUGAGCGCCCCCCUGGACUUCAGCACCACCUCCUCCUCGUCCUCCUCAGAGGACCAGCAGCCCGUCAACCUGAGCGAGAGGCUUCUGCCCCCGGGCAGCCCCCCGCCCUCCUCCUACCCCUCCGACCCCAGCAGGAAGUAUCCCGUCAAGGCGGAGUACAACCACAACAACAACAACAAGUCCCCCCCCUACAGCUCAGGGAGCUAUGACUCUGUGAAGACGGAGCUCAGCAUGAGUGCAGAGGACCUGUCCUCCGGCCGCGCCCAGGCCAUGGACGACGAUGACGACGACCACGACGACCACGACGACAGUGACCGGAUCAACGACGCAGAGGGGAUGGACCCUGAGCGCCUGAAGGCCUUCAAUAUGUUUGUGCGGCUGUUUGUGGACGAGAACCUGGACCGCAUGGUGCCAAUCUCCAAGCAGCCCAAGGAGAAGAUCCAGGCCAUCAUCGAGUCCUGCAGCCGCCAGUUCCCAGAGUUCCAAGAGCGCUCGCGCAAGCGCAUCCGCACCUACCUCAAGUCUUGCCGGCGCAUGAAGAAAGGCGGUUUUGAGAUUCGACCGACACCUCCUCACCUCACUUCUGCCAUGGCGGAAAACAUACUCGCAGCCGCCUGCGAGAGCGAAACCCGCAACGCUGCCAAGAGGAUGCGCCUGGAUGUCUACCAGCCCACGGAGGAGCCGGCCAGCCUGGAAAAGCCCGCCUCCAGAGAGCCGGCCCCCCCGACCAGCUUCUCCACCGCCGCCUCGGCCUAUGCCCAGGACCUGCUCUACACCAACGGAGGCCUCAACUACAACGUCCGGGGCUUCGCAGCGGCCAGCGCCAACCAGCAGACCAGCCCUGCUGCAAUCACCAACGGCCCCACAGAUCUGAGUAUGAAGUCCGUGACCCCAAACUGCUCCUCCUCGAGCUCCAACAGCCACGGCCAGGGCGGGGGUGGGGGCGGGGCCUCGGCCCAGCUCAGCCCCCCAGAGGUCACGGCGGUGAGGCAGCUCAUCGCCGGCUACAGGGAGUCCGCCGCCUUCCUGCUGCGCUCCGCGGACGAGCUGGAGAACCUCAUCCUGCAGCAGAACUGA